AAACGGAUAAAAUGAACAUUAUUAAAGUCUAUUUGUGACCGAUCCACAUCUCUUCCGAGGCCAAGUUCUUUAGUCACACGUGACAUUUUACCAGAAGUGCAUGGGGUCUCCCCCAUAAGAGAUCAUCAAAGAUCAAAAAUUCACGGAUAAAGUGUACACAGGAAUUUUCAAUUUUUUUUUUUUUUUUGAUAAUGGACAUAAAACAAGAGGAAUACCAAAGGAAAUAUUGCAAAAAAGAGUCGGACAAAGAGAGCAAUGACGAGGAAUAUUCUCAACCCCGAGUUUUGCUUGAUCUCGACGAAAAUUCCAAACAUCAACAAAUUUUACAGCAGGAUUUAAGUUCUUCCUCAAGUCAUUAUGCGGAGGAUCCGCGACCAGACCAAUAUACGAGUAGAAAACAGUUCUUGAGAAGACGUUGGCACGAAUCAGACUUUGAACAACGUUCACAAACUUCAGAAGGAGUGGUUGUAAUAAGAGUACCUGAACCUGAAGUGGUGGAAACUCCGUCUAAUUUAGAGUUGCUUCACCAAACAAGUAUUAAACCUGUGCAUCGUGAAGCUUCACAAACUGAGAAAGAUUACAAGAAAUCAGCAUGCGAUCGUGAGAGAACACGAAUGAAAGAUAUGAAUCGUGCUUUUGAAUUGUUGAGAUCGAAAUUGCCGAUUUGCAAGCCACCAGGUAAAAAAUUAUCAAAGAUCGAAUCAUUGAGACACGCGAUACAAUACAUCAGACAUUUGCAAAGUCUCUUGGAACCUCAAUGCACCUACAUUCCAAACAUUCCAGACAGAUCUAGUUACUAUGGUGGAGCGCCGACAACGACAACGUCAAUGACAUCGACAAACAACUCGACCUUUGAGUCUGCACAGCAUCCAAAUAGAUGGGAAUCUUUUGCCUACUAUCGUUACGAUUAUCAUGCUCCUUUUACCACCCUUCAAACGCCCGCUUUACCACCACCAAUACCAUCUCGCCUUUUACAUCACGAACAAGAUAUUCACCACUAUCGUUAUGAUCCACAUUCCUAAUAUAUAUAAAUUUUUUGCCAUAUAUAAUAUACCAAUAUGAAUAAAAAAAAAAUUCAAAUAUUUUUAAGAAGAAAAUUCAAUUUAUGUUACCAAAGAAUUAUAAUAAUAAUUAUAAUACAAGUUUAUAAAACUGAGGAGCCUCACACAUUAAAAAGAAAUU